AUGCCUCCCCAAACCAACAAUGACUCCUCGUCAAACAUCACCCCGUCUCCUAGUCUGAGAUACGCACAGCCUGUCGGUUCUCGUUUGUCCCACCGCAGAGGCUCCAUGGGGUCCAACGCCGACCGACCUCCUACCCCGGUGUCCAAGAGCUCCGUUAGGGGCUCCCAGUCAAGUACUCAUCAGGAACCUGCGUCCACUCUGCUGCAGGAGAAAUUGCAGCGUGAGCGGAGGUCUGAAAUUCAGCGGAACCUGAAUAGACUGGCCGGUGACAUGAAUAUCACAGCAGUGGACACACAAGUUACGGCGUCAACCCCCGUACGGUGCGCCACAGCCGAUGGCAGACGUCCGGGGUCCAGCGACGCAAAUAGCGAUGCCGGGAAGAAAAAGGGCUUUGCCCUCAAGGAGAUGGAACAGGCAAUGUCGACGCUGCACAAGCAAAACUUUGACCUCAAACUCGAGCUUUUUCACCGUCGGCAACGGCAGUCUGUCCUCGAGGAGAAGGUCGAGACGUUGGAGGCAGAGAAGUCGCAAACUCAAGAGACCAACGACACGCUAAUACAGGAGCUGGAAAGGAGGGACAAGGCGGUCGAAGAAGCCGUCACAAUGAUUGUCACCCUGGAAGCUCGCAUAGAACUUCUGCUGCGUGAAAGGGAGAUGGUUCGGCAGGUCGAGGCCGACAGGGCUCUUAUUACCAAACUGGCAGCUUCACAAGCCGCUUCACAGGGGGCGGCUGGAACCAACGGACCCGACACAACGAACGCGCAAGAUAGUGUGUCGAAUGACUGCGGAAGAAGCCUCGCGCGGAUGCCCAGCUUCCUUUCAGAGCGUACAGAAAACACCGAGAACCUUCGCAAUGUUUACCUGGGAGCGCAAGGAAGUAUUCUCAGCUUGUCAAAGACAGAUCCGAGGGCGGACAAUGGUGGAUUCGUCAGCCCAAACAUGAGCAUCUUGAGUGAGAGCUCGUUUAUCAGUGUUUACGGCACGCAGACUGCUCCACAUGGGCUCUCGUCUAACCAUGCUGAGAACGAUUCUCGGCCUGACGAUGACGUCGGUAAAGGUGGCCGCCGGAGUCUGUCUCUGUCGAUGCACGACUCCACCCCCACCAGGCCAACCGCAAAGGAGGCGAUUGAGAACGGAGAGACCACUUCGCCGCUGCAGAAGCUCGAAAAGCUCGACUCCUCACCGGCUACACUGGAGAACUCGGAGGUAACGCCCCUGGGCAGAGAUAUCCAGCGGCCGGUCACAUCCAUGAAACCAUUCAAACCACAACCUAUUCUUCGAGUAAGGAAAACCAGGGACAAGCCAGCGGCAACUCGCAGAGUCAUCACGGACGUGCCUACCUCUCGCGCGCAUGCGCUGCCUCCCACACCAGACACCAUGUCGAGCUCAAUGAACCAGAGUCUUUGCUCCGACGAGACCGCGCAACACGGCCGAGAUGAUGGGGAAGCAACAUAUCCUGUGAUGACACGUCCGACCCUGGAUCAGACAGAUGAGGCCGAGCCGGGGCACUGGCGAUUCAAGGGUGCCGGCGCUGCUCAGCCACCUUCGGUCACAGCAUUUACAGGCAGGAAAGACCACUCGGCUGUCAACUACGCCGACAUCCCGCUAGCUCUUCCGAGGCGCCCCCGAUCGGCUGACGAAACCACAAUAUCUCGUCAUAAGCUUGACUGGGAUUCAGGAAGCGAACUCGACGAUGCGGCUUCAGAGGUGUCCAGCUUCGAUUACUGGAUGAGAGAAGGUCUUCGACCCAGCCGCGGUGGCCAGACUCAGGCGCAGAAUGGGGCGGCGUCUGCGAGCUCGAACAUCGGCGCCUGGAACCCCGAUGACCACACGUCCGCCGAGACCUUUUGGAAGACAUGGAGAAUCUGA